AUGCCUCCUGGUAGCGAGGACGAGAGUGCGCCCCUGAGCGCCACCGACCGCAUCGGUGCACUCCCCGACCAUAUUCUCCACCACCUGCUCUCUUACCUCCCAGCGCAGGCAGCCGCGCGGACGUGCGUGCUUGCCUGGCGCUGGCGCCACCUUUGGAAGUCCACUACAGGCCUGCGCAUCGUCGGCCUUGACGAUGAGGAGACUGUCCAAGUUCAAGACCUCCGGAAGUUCAUGGAUCAUCUCCUGGUCCUGCGUGAGCGCACCGACCUGGAUACCGUUGAGAUCAAAUUCGAUCUGUUCAAUCAUGACGACGAGCCCUAUGUGAACCUAUGGACCCGUUUUGCUGUGAUUUGCAAAGUUCAGGUGCUCACCCUUCAUAUCCAUGACGAGCUUGAGUACCUCGACCUAGAGGACCUGCCUCUUGUCUCUCGGCAUCUGAGAACACUGAACCUUCAUGGUGUAGCCCUACGAAAGACGUUUGUUGAUUUUGCUAGUUGUACAGCAUUGGCAAAUCUGAAAAUAGAUGAUUGCUUCAUCAAUUUCAAUGAGAUAUCGUCCUGUUCCCUGAAGCAUUUGAGCAUCACUAGCUGUCAAUCUGAUUUGGAUUGCCGGGUCCGUGUUUCUGCUCCCGGCCUUGUCUCUCUGGAACUAGAAGACUUUAUUGGUAUAACCCCUUUGCUUGAAGACAUGGCAUUACUAGAAGCUGCAUGUGUGAAUCUUAGCGUUGAAUGCAAAGAUGUCUGUUUGAAUUAUGACUCUGGUGUUUUCUGCGGAGCUAAUGAUAAUACAUGUAAGAAUUGUGUUCCUGUUAGCGACGAUUGCAGCAGCGAUUGUGUGCUUCUGGGUGGUAUCUCAAGUGCUAAACACCUCAAGUUGAUAUCUGAUACUGGAAAGUUCAUUUUCACAAGAGAUUUGAAACAUUGCCCUACAUUUAGCAAGUUAAAGACUUUAUUACUCAACAAGUACUGGUGCGAGGCUCCUGAUUUGGAUCCACUAUCUUGCAUUCUGACAAACUCACCAGUUCUCGAGAAGCUCACUCUUGAACUUUCUCCCGAGGCGCAAAAUCCUAAACUGGAGAUAAAAGGAAGCUACUGUUGCAUGGAGAGACCGUCUGCAAUAUUAGAGCACCUCGACAUAGUUGAAGUCAAGUGUGAUGUGAUCGAUGAGAUAAUUCUUAAAGUUUUGAAAUUCUUGUGUGCAUUUAACAUACGAUUCAGUUUCGAGUAA